CAGUACUCGACUAGGUGAUGAGGGCGAGAGUUUGAAGUGUCUGGAAGAUGCCCGCCUGGAUUCGGCAGAAGCUGCUCGAAUAAGCGGCCAGCUGCAAGGGAGAUGGACAGCCCGACACUGACAUCAUCCCUGCUGCACUGCUCCUCUACACAUACACAGUAACUUACAGCUAAGGAUUGACCUAAAAUCACGAAGUAGUGAUCAACCACUGCAACGCCGAGCAGUCUGUCGCCGAGGCAGUCAAAGGCAAAAGGGCAGCAACCUCAGUCCAAAGCCAAAUGUCGAUACCAACGAGGACAAGGCAACUGCGCUGCCUUUUCCGGCGCAGUAACAAAUUCCCGGUUUCAGAACCUCGAUGGACAGCUAUAGCAGCAAUCGAGCGGCAACUGCCGCGACACUCCUCCUCGGCAGGGCCAGUCACAUACCCUUCUACAGACAGCCAGCCGCCACGGCCCUCCCCAACUACGGCUCAAUCUUCAUCUCCUAGUCACCUCCGCGCAACCGCCCCUUCCUCCAACCCGAAUACCAAACUCCCUGAACUCUGGUUCACCUCCGCCCCUGACCCGAACCGUCCUCCAGACGACCGAAAAGUCAAGCUCGGCAAGACCCUACGAAUCCUGCAGACACACCUGCCCACGCUGCUCCAGACCCCGCUGCCAAACGAGGUCCUGUCGCCGCAGAUAAGCCUGCACCUGUUCCCCUCGACGCACCCGCACCUGCCGACGGUCACGGGCCGCGUGGCCUACCGCGCCGCGCUCUGGUCCAGCCCCAUCGCCUGGAACAGGGUGCCCAUUGUGGGCAACGUGCGGCUCGAGAUCCUCUCGGAACGCAUGGUUGACCACCCGGUCUACCGACACCCGUUCGCUUCUUCUUCAUCAUCUGCCGCUCGCGGUGGGGGUGGUCUUGAUGGUGAGGGCAGGGCUGCCCCCGAUGACGGCCGUGAGCGCGCCGGGCCGGAACAGCUGAUUGUACGCUGGCGAACGGUGGGCGGUAAGGAGGGUAAGGGGACCAGCUGGUUGGGGGGGUUGGUGAAUGGUAAGGUUAAGGGGAGGGGGAGGAAUGAUGUGGAUGCCGAUGGGAGGUUAAGUCAGGGGGAGGGAGGGGGCAGUGGGAACGGUGGGAAUGUCGGCGACACUGAGGUCAGAGCACCGGUUGGGACGGCGCAGCCUGUUGGGGCCAGUACCAAGGAGUUCACGGGGCUGUUUAUCUUUGAUUUUGAUGAGGAGGGGAGGAUCCUAAGUCAUACCAUUGAGCAUGUGCAGGAAGGAGGGCACUGGGAGAAGGGGGUCGGCGCUAAGGUGGUGGGCUUGACGGAUUGGCUGUUGGGUGGGAUGAAGGGGGGAGAGGAGCCGUGCCCUGCAUUCGCCAGGGCGAGAUUUCGCAAGGGUCGAUGAUGAUCUGAGCGGUCGGUUUUGUGAUGGUAGGCUGGGGAGUUUGUACGAUGGUGGUUUCGUUUGCUGUCUUGGGCUGUCAUAUAUCCUCUCAAAGCACGGCGUGAGAAAGGAAGGGAAAGGCGUUUUGCAUGUACUACUAUGAUGGUUCAGGACCUAGAGGCACGGAUUGGACAGGAAACAACAAGGACAACACCCGCAUCGAUCAUAUUGCAUUGUAAAAC